GCGGAGCUGGGGCGGGAGCGGACGCGGGCGCGGGGCUGCGCGGGGUUCGCCUGAGUCGCGGGCGGAGCGGCGAGCGGCGAGCGGCCGGCGGCCGGCGGAGGGUCCCGAGCUCCCGAGCUCCCGAGCUCCCGAGCGGCCGCGGGCUGGAUGGGAAGUUCAUGGUGACGGCGACGUCCACCACCCCAGGUUUCCAAGGUGGCGACAGACAAGGUGGCGGAAAAGCUGAGCUCUACUCUCUCAUGGGUGAAGAACACAGUCUCGCACACAGUCAGUCAGAUGGCCAGUCAGGUGGCCAGUCCAUCUGCGUCGUUCCCCACGACACCCUCAGCCACCACUCUGUCAACACCAGCGCUUUCGCCAGCCUCCCCAUCAAAGUUGAGUCCAGACGACUUAGAACUCCUGGCUAAGCUGGAGGAACAAAAUCGCUUGAUAGAGACUGAUAGCAAGUCUUUAAGAUCUGUGAAUGGGUCAAGAAGAAACAGUGGCUCUUCUCUUGUGUCGAGUUCCUCUGCCUCCAGCAACCUCAGUCACCUGGAAGAAGACUCUUGGAUUCUCUGGGGAAGAGUAGUGAAUGAAUGGGAUGAUGCACGCAAGAAGAAAGAGAAGCAAGUGAAGGAGCUUGUUCGUAAAGGGAUACCCCACCACUUUAGAGCAAUAGUUUGGCAGCUUCUAUGUAACGCACAGAGUAUGCCAAUUAAGGACCAGUAUUCAGAACUCCUGAAAAUGACUUCACCUUGUGAAAAACUGAUCCGAAGAGACAUUGCUAGAACUUACCCAGAACACAACUUUUUUAAGGAAAAAGACAGCCUCGGACAGGAGGUUUUAUUUAACGUGAUGAAGGCCUACUCCUUGGUGGAUCGUGAGGUUGGCUACUGUCAAGGCAGUGCUUUCAUAGUGGGAUUGUUGCUUAUGCAGAUGCCAGAAGAAGAAGCUUUUUGUGUGUUUGUUAAAUUAAUGCAAGACUACAGACUUCGUGAACUCUUUAAACCAAGCAUGGCAGAAUUGGGCCUUUGUAUGUACCAGUUUGAAUGCAUGAUACAGGAGCAUCUUCCAGAGCUCUUUGUACAUUUUCAGUCACAGAGUUUCCACACAUCAAUGUACGCGUCGUCCUGGUUUCUGACUAUCUUUCUUACAACUUUCCCAUUACCAAUCGCAACAAGGAUAUUUGAUAUCUUUAUGUCUGAGGGUUUAGAAAUAGUGUUUCGAGUCGGAGUAGCACUUCUUCAAAUGAAUCAGACAGAAUUAAUGCAGCUUGACAUGGAAGGGAUGUUGCAGCAUUUUCAGAAGGUCGUUCCACAUCAGUUUGAUGGUGGCCCAGACAAAUUGAUCCAGUUAGCUUACCAAGUCAAAUACAACUCAAAAAAAAUGAAAAAACUUGAAAAAGAAUACACUACGAUAAAAACUAAAGAGAUGGAAGAGCAAGUCGAAGUUAAAAGGUUACGCACAGAAAAUAGGCUUUUAAAACAACGCAUUGAAACAUUAGAAAAAGAAAGUGCUUCCUUGGCAGAUAGAUUGAUACAGGGACAAGUGACAAGAGCCCAGGAGGCUGAGGAAAACUACCUCAUAAAGCGGGAGUUGGCCAGCAUCAGGCAGCGGAGCGAUGAGGCCAGCGCUAAGCUGGAGCGGGCUGAAAGCACCAUCAGGGAGCUCCGGCACCGGCACCACUGGGCAGGAGCCACUUUGCCUGAUGGAUUUAAAAGCAAAAGCAAAAAUGAAAACACAGCUGUUUCAGGCAUAAUGCACAGAUGCAGCUCCUCCUACAGCGAAGACUUCGUGCUGCAGCUGGAGAAGGAGUUGGUCCAAGCCAGGCUGAGCGAGGCCGAGUCUCAGUGCGCCCUGAAGGAGAUGCAGGACAAAGUGCUUGACAUAGAGAAGAAGAACAACUCGUUUCCUGACGAGAACAACAUCGCGAGGCUUCAGGAAGAGCUCAUUGCUGUGAAGCUGAGAGAGGCGGAAGCCAUCAUGGGUUUGAAGGAACUUCGACAGCAAGUCAGAGAUCUAGAAGAACACUGGCAACGUCAUUUAGCCCGGACUUCUGGGAGAUGGAAAGACCCGCCCAAGAAGAACACUGUGAAUGAGUUACAGGAUGAGCUGAUGAGCAUCCGCCUCAGAGAAGCGGAAACCCAGGCGGAAAUAAGAGAAAUGAAGCAGAGGAUGAUGGAAAUGGAAACGCAGAACCAGAUCAAUAGUAACCAACUCCGAAGAGCAGAGCAAGAGGUCACCAGUCUGCAGGAGAAGUUGCAUUCUCUUUCUGCGAAGAACAAAGGGUUGCUUACCCAGUUAAGUGAGGCAAAGCGCAGACAGGCAGAGAUCGAAUGCAAGAACAAGGAGGAAGUCAUGGCUGUGAGGCUCCGGGAAGCUGACAGCUUAGCCGCCGUGGCAGAGCUGAGGCAGCAGAUUGCCGAGCUUGAAAUCCAGAAAGAAGAGGGCAAGCUCCAAGGGCAGCUUAGCAGGGCCGACUCCAGCCAGUGCAUUCGGGAACUGAAGGGUCAGAUAGCAGAGCUGACUCAUGAGCUCAGGUGCCUAAAAGGCCAGAGGAACUUCUCCAGCCAACCACCUUUUGAUGGAAUCCACAUCGUCAGCCAUUUGAUAGGAGAGGAUGAGUCCUUCCCCUCCUCAGACGAAGAGUUCAUGGAUGGCCCCUUACACGAGAGUGGCCUUGCGUUUCCUCUGCAUGGAAAGUCUGGCUCCAUGUCUCCGGAUCCGGCUUUGGCAGACGGCAGCGAGAGUGAAGCAGAAGCAGAGGACCAUGCGCUGGGAACGCGGCCGAGUGACCACGGGGUUCCAGAGGGGCAGCCCCCACAGAGAGAGUCCUACUCCACCACUGUCUGACAUCACUGUGACAGCCUGAGACGAGAUCGGGGCCACCCUCUGUCCUGUGUGUGUAUAUAUGUCUGCUUUUACAGCCUCACAUGACUGCCAAAUGUCACUGAAUUUCCAUUGCCACAGUAGACUGGAGUAUGCUAAUUGGUAAAUGGAGUUCUAACAGUAUUACAGAAUAUUAAUUUUUCAUAUUUAGAAAGUACUGCUAUGUCUAAAUGUAAGAACUAUUUUAAAAUUCAGAACUGUGGGAAAUUGGAUUUUCUUUAAACAAAACUGCUCUUGUGCAAUAUUCUAUCCUCACUGAUCACACUGCGCAUUGGUGUUCCUCAUUCUGUUUCCAAGGUAGCUCCUCUAGACAUCCAGCCAAAACAUAGAGGUGGUUUAACUUGUGUUUUGAGGAUAUUUUUUCUUCACUAAAAUUGCAGCUCUGUUAGUAGGUCAUUGAAGAUUGUCAAACAUAACUUUUUUUCUGUAUAAUUUCUAAACACAAAGUAAUCGUCGUCUGUUCUGAAAGUUUUUUGUUUCAGUUUCUACAUUUUAUGUGUAUCAUACUUCUGUGUGUCAGAAUAGUAGCAGGCUAGCUGCAGAUAUAUUAUUUGUACAUAUUUAUAAAUCUGUAUCGCCCAGCAUUGGAUGUCCUCUUUCACGAGGAGCAAGCGUUGACAGUGACCGUUGCCAGCAUUCUAACAGGACUUCUGUAAAUAGCAGGGUAAAGAAACUAAACAUGGACCAGACACUACUCUUGGAGCAGCUGUGGUAGCCUGAACUCAGCGGGUCCUGACUGACCGCUGUUCAAACACUACUGGUGAAGUCCUUGACUCCAUCUGUAACUAAUAAACUUCGCAAUCAAAGAGGUUAUAGCACAUGCUAGUUCAUGCUAAUCUAUUUAAUGUAAUUUAGCACUAGAAUAAGUUCCAAGAUGCACAACAGAUAUAUCUGGGGGCGGGGGAUACCUAUGAGUAUUUAAAUUCUCUAGUUUCUGAUUGACAGGUAAAGCCAUAAGAACCCUUUCUUCCUAGUCGUUUCUUUGUAUUAUUUAGACUUUUUCUCUAGAAAACUGAACGCUUGUUAUUUGUAAAUUGAGAAACGAUACUUACCUGUGGAGAGGCUGCUGGCCUGUGUUGACUGGAUGUUUUCUACCUUCAGUUUUUAGUAGCUUGAGCCAUAGGGGAAGAUAGAAUGUAGUGUGUUUGGAAGUACAUUUUUGCACAGAGUGUUGCAUAUGCAAAGAAAAAUAUUUUAUAAAACGGAGUAGAAGAAACAAAUAGUUUACUUUCUAAAACUAUAUAAUGCCUUAUGCUGCAUUGUGGGCUAGGCUUCCCCAGCAGACAGGAGUGGAAACAUGCCAUCUGUUUCCAGAACACCCACUAAAUUUUAGUAUUUAAUUUACCUGUAAUUACAAGCUAGUUAUUUAACAGAGGUAAGAUAUUAAUUAAGAUCUCUCUCUGGACUUCUAGAGGUCUAGCUAACAAGUUUUUCAGUUCCCUUCUCUCUGGCAAUGUUACAUCAAUAAUUUUCAUUUCAACCUGUUUCCUUAGUAUCUCCUGUUGGGUGUUCAUCAGCACCAGUAGUCAAGUCUCUGGGUGAGAGUACCUGUCAGAGACUUGACUACUGUUACCCCAAGAGGCCGUCGAUAGCCCAGUGAUGUAAGAGGAGUUAUAGCCCUGCUUUUUUAUCUAGAUCCCCUCAUCAAGAAACCUCAGUGGGACUAGAAGUGUAGGCUGGAAGUUAGAGUGUUUACCUAAAAUGCCCAAGACCCUGUGUUCAAUUCCAAGCCCCACCAAAAGAUGGACAAGCUCAGAGAAUUUCCUAGUACUCUCUGGUUUGGAACUCGGUGUAAAAGAACCCUGGUCAUUAAACCUUAAUUUAUUGAUGCUCUUGUGAUUUGUACAGUGGAAAAUUAGAAGCAACAUCCUCUCCAGAGUUUUGAGUCAAGACAGGUACAGUGGUGCGUAUCUGUAGUCCUCGCUACUCGGGACCGGCCUGGGGAACACAGUAAGAUGUUAUCUUUUAAUUCACAUAUACCUUAGAUAUAAAUCCUUCUGGGUUUUAGUGUCCAGUAGGAUACUGUGCCCUGAACUGGCUCCAUUUCGUCCAAAUUAAUGUAAGUAUAUUGUUCAAGACUUUGAAGCAUUAGACUGUGUCCAUACUGAUGAACUUUAUGUCUUGAAGAAUUGAAAGACAUGUUGUGGGAACAAAUGGGAUGACAGAUGAUGGGAAACCUUGCUCUCUUGGGGCAGUGACCUUCCUGGUGCCCUAACCACUUCAGGUGACACACUGAAAGGACUUUCCCCACUGCUGGGGAUCGAAUCCCAGGCCUUACACACGGUGGGCAAGCUCUCCACCCCUGAACCACAGCCAGGUCUGACGUCUUCAAAAUCAGCAUAUACAUUUUCUUUAUGGAAAAUGAGACCAAAGAUUUUGUUUGACACAACUUCUGCCCUGGUUCUUGUUGUUUGGAUUGUUUGUUUUGGUUCGUCUUUAUUUUGCUUGUCCAGUUGGCAGCUACUCAGCACUUGCUGAUUGAAACAUCAUAUUCUAACUGGCUCUUUAUGUUGAAGAAACAGCCUUUCCCGGCCCUAGCACAAUGCAGCUUGUUAAUUUCCAGGCAGUGCCUUUGACUGAAAAUAAUGUCUGCUGCUUUUGAAGAAUAUUAUUCCUGGCAUCGUAAGAGGUCAUUUGGUUCCUCAUUCAUUGUUUGCAUAAUGCACUAUAAUAUUCAAAUUUUUAAAAAUUAAGGAUAUCAAUUAUGUUUUGUUAAGCUUUUCAUGGCAAGUGUGGCUAUUACAUAGCACCAAGACAUCCAUGGCCAACAUUUGUAGAAUCAAUUUCCUUACUCAACAAUGAGUUUUAGCCUGAGAGGUUUUGCUGCUCUAGAUUAACAAUUAUAAUUUAAAAUUAAUUUCUUUUUAAUUCUAAAAUCAAUUAAAAUUUGUGGUUGAAGGUAAGGUAGAUGCUAUUUAAAAUCCAGAUUUUUACAGCACACCCAUAGCUCUGCAUAGCUCUUCGCUUCAGAGAAGAGACUACACAGUAACACAUUGACGUGCACAGUUAUAAUGUACUCACUGUACCGUUGGUUUUAUUGUAACACUGUAUGAUAACCUAAAUGUUUACUUGUGCCUUUGCUUUAAAUAAUUAAAAUUUCUCAUUUUUCAAGA